GCUCGUGUGGUGGAAGUCCAGAAACGCUGAGUCGGCGGAAAAUGGGUGGUUUGAAAGCGGUGGCAGUCAUAACCGGCGGCGACAACUCCAUCAAAGGAUCUCUUCAGUUCUUGCAGGACCACAAUGGGGUUACUCAUGUGAGAGGUAAGAUAGUAGGGCUCAAACCAGGUCUUCAUGGCUUCCAUAUUCAUGCUCUUGGUGAUACCACUAACGGCUGCAACUCCACUGGACCUCAUUUCAAUCCACUAAACAAAGAUCAUGGAGGUCCUCUGGAUGCUAUACGCCAUGCAGGCGAUUUGGGGAACAUUGUAGCUGGCCAAGACGGAGUUGCUGAGGUAUCGAUUGAAGAUUACCAUAUUCCACUAAAGGGGCAGCAUUCCAUUUUGGGGAGGGCAGUUGUUAUUCAUGCUGAUCCUGAUGAUCUAGGGAGAGGUGGGCAUAAGCUUAGCAAGACAACUGGAAAUGCAGGUGCUAGAGUUGGUUGUGGUAAGGAUUCUAAGAAAACAGUUUUUCAGGACUCCUUCGGACUAUACCCUUUUUCCCGGGCCCCCUAAUGUUUUGGGGCCAGGACGGGUGCUCGCCCCCAGGAACGGCACUGCUGAUGAUAUUUCUAAAUUGGUCAAUUGAACAAUGCAAGAUCAUGAUAUGGGUCAUGUAUAGUUGUUCUUUGGUGCUUAUAACAAGAUGACUGUUUGAUUUAAGCUUUCAAAA